AUGACCCAAGACCCCACCAAGUACAAGGAGUCCGAGUGCGACGUCCUCAUCGUCGGUGCCGGCCCCGCCGGUAUGAUGGCCGCCCGUGUUCUGGCCAACUACCAGAGGCAGCAGCCCGACCUGAAGAUCCGUAUCAUCGACAAGCGCUCGACCAAGAUCUUCACUGGACAGGCCGACGGUCUCCAGUCCCGCACUCUUGAGUGCAUGCAGAACCUCGGCAUUGCGCAGAAGAUCCUCGCCGAGUCCAACGAGCUCUACACCAUCGCCCUCUACAACCCCGACGAGAAUGGAAUCAUCCGUCGCACCGACCGCAUUCCCGACACCAUGCCCGGCAUCUCGCGCUUCCACCAGUGCGUUCUCCACCAGGGCCGCAUCGAGCGCCACCUCAUCGACUCCACCCUCGAGACCUCCAAUGGCCGCAUCAAGAUUGAGCGCCCCAUCAUCACCGAGGACAUGGAGAUUGACGAGUCCGCUGUCGAGGACCCCGAUGCCUACCCCAUCACCGUCACCCUUCGCUACCUCGGCGAGGAGGAGUCGACCCCCCUUCAGUUCGGCCACAAGGUCGAGAACGGUCUCUACCGCUCCGUCUCCAUGAUGGACGCUGAGGACGAGGACGCUCAGUACAAGCUCCCUGAGGGUGCUGAGCCCGGCAUGAUCGAGAAGGUCAAGUGCAAGUACGUUAUCGGCUGUGACGGUGGCCACUCCUGGGUCCGCCGCAAGCUCGGUAUCGAGAUGGUCGGCGAGCAGACCGACUACAUCUGGGGUGUCCUCGACGCCAUUCCCCACACCAACUUCCCCGACAUCCGCUCGCGUUGCGCUAUCCACUCCGCCGAGUCUGGCUCUGUCAUGAUCAUUCCCCGUGAGAAGGACCUCGUCCGUUUCUACGUCCAGCUCCAGGAGCGGGCCAUCCCCGGCCAGCGUGUCGACCGCUCCAAGUACACUCCCGACGUUGUGCUUGAGGCCGCCCGCAAGAUCAUGGCCCCCUACACCCUCGACAUCACCAACCUCGAGUGGUUCACUGCCUACCACAUUGGUCAGCGUGUCGCCCACAUCUUCGGCAAGGACGACCGCGUCUUCAUUGCCGGUGACGCCUGCCACACCCACUCCCCCAAGGCCGGUCAGGGCAUGAACGCCUCGAUGAUGGACACCUGGAACCUCUGCUGGAAGCUCGGCAUGGUCCUCACCGGCCGCGCUAACCGCAACCUCCUCUCUACCUACCAGACCGAGCGCCAGCCGUUCGCUCAGGCCCUCAUUGACUUCGACCACAAGUUCUCGCGCCUCUUCUCUGGCCGCCCCGCCAAGGACGUCGCCGACGAGAUGGGUGUCAACAUGGAGGAGUUCAAGUCUGCCUUCAUCAAGUCGGGCAAGUUCGCCUCCGGCACUGCCAUCGACUACAACGAGUCGGUCGCUGUCGCCAAGACCGGUGACCCCAAGCUCAACAAGGUCAAGUCCAAGCCUGAGCUCGCUAAGAACAUCGGUGUCGGAACCCGCCUCCAGUCUGAGCGCGUCAUCCGCCACGCCGAGGGUCUCGUCACCGAGGUCCAGGACCUCCUCGUCUCCAACGGUGCCUUCCGCAUCUUCGUCUUCGCCGGUAAGGCCAACCAGCCCGAGCAGAUGGCCCGCCUUAACAAGUUCGCCGAGUACCUUGACUCUGCCGACUCUGUUGUCUCGCGCUACACCCCUGCCGGCCGCAAGCGCGACUUCAUCUUCGACGUCAUCACCAUCCACUCCAACUCGCGCGAGGAGAUCGAGAUGCAGGACUUCCCCGCUCCCGCCCUCUACCCCAAGUGGGACUACAAGAAGAUCUACGCCGACUGCGAGGACUGGCACAUCGGCCACCCCCGCGCCUACGAGAAGUACGGCAUCGACCCCGUCAAGGGCUGUGUUGUUGUCGUCCGCCCCGACGGCUACGUCGCCCUCGUCACCGACCUCGAGUCCACCAAGGACCUCGACGCCUACUUCGACGGCUUUAUGCAGGCUCCCAAGAAGGCUGUCGGUGCCCAGACCGAGCCGGACUGGACCGCCAAGGGCCUCUACAAGAAGACCACCGAGGCCGCCAAGGCCGACCGCGCCUCCGCUACCGCUGCCUAA